AGUGAUUUCCUCUGCGUCACGGCGCCGGCGCAGGAUACUCUUGGUGCCGCGCGACCUGGAGUCUGCAGUUUGGAGGUGUCCGCGCGGAUCUGAAGCUCACGGCGGUGUUGCUGCGGCGAAGGUGGCAUGUCAGACAACGAGGACAAUUUUGAUGGUGAUGACUUUGAUGAUGUGGAGGAGGAUGAAGGACUAGAUGACUUGGAGAAUGCUGAGGAGGAGGGCCAGGAGAACGUGGAGAUAUUGCCCUCUGGGGAGCGACCGCAGGCCAACCAGAAGCGAAUCACCACACCAUACAUGACCAAAUAUGAGCGAGCCCGUGUGCUGGGAACCCGAGCUCUCCAGAUUGCGAUGUGUGCCCCUGUGAUGGUAGAGCUGGAGGGGGAGACAGACCCUUUGCUUAUUGCCAUGAAGGAACUCAAGGCUCGGAAGAUCCCCAUCAUCAUUCGCCGCUACCUGCCUGAUGGGAGCUAUGAAGACUGGGGGGUAGAUGAACUCAUCAUCACCGACUGAGUCGAGCUCGUCCUGCCCCUGCUCAUUUUCUGUCCUCACUUCAUGUGAUAGCUGUAAAUAAUAAACUGUUCAACUUUCCA